AUGCUUCACGACAAGAGUCUCUACCGUGUUUCUACUACUAAGAAGGGCUGGAGGGCCAGUAGAGAAGACUGUCAGAAGAGAAAGGCAGACCUGCUGGUCAUCAACAGCAGAGAAGAACUGGCGUUUGUCAGCAGAUUGAUGGAUACUUCCUGGGUUGGACUGAGUGAUCGAGAGAAAGAGGGGACCCACAAGUGGGUGGAUGGUACCCCCAUGACCUCAAGUUGGAGACACGUUAAACCACGCGAUGACGGCGGAGCAAGAGACUGCGUCGUAGCAGGGGAGGACGGCUGGUCUGAAGAGCCGUGUAACAGACUGCACCACUGGAUCUGUGAGAAGGUCCUAGACCUGGAUCAUCUGGAGGCUGAGCGGAACAAAGAGGGUUCAGUGAUGCUCACGGAGGAGGAGGAGGAGGCCCCCAGCAUCACAGAGUUCCACUCCUCUACCCACGUGUUGCCCGUGGGCCAAACGGCCCGCUACACCUGCCACGCCGGCGGCACGCCGGAGCCCACAGUAGAGUGGCUCCACAACGGCAGGCCCCUGGUGAGGGACAGCACAGACGACCAAUCAGAGGCCUGGGUGGAGAGGGGCUUCCUCUUCGUCAGAGGUGGGAGGUACGGCGUGAACACGGUCUGCUGCAUGGCGAGCAACAGCGCUGGCACGGCCAAUCACAGCGCUGAGCUGCUUGUCUUUGAUGCCUGUGACCUCACACUGGACCCCAACACGGCCCACAGAGGACUCUCUCUGUCUGAGGACAACAGGAAGGUGACGUGGGUUGGAGAGGACCAGUCGUAUCCGGAUCACCCAGACAGAUUUGACUCCUGGGAGCAGGUGUUGGGUAGAGAGGCUCUGACUGGCCGCUGUUACUGGGAGGUAGAGAGGGAAGGAUGGGUUGGUAUAGGAGUGACAUACAGAGGAAUCACAAGGAGAGGACGGGAGCCUUUGAUCCAUGGGAGCAGGCUGGACGUCUGUAGCGUGACGCCCGGGCUGCUGACAACACUGUAUAGGUCAAAGACUGUGAGCCUGCAGCAGCUGGUGGAGGCUGCAGGGCCGGGGCUGACGGGGGCCGGGGCCCUGGGCUCUCUCCUGGGCAUUCGAUCGGUCAGGGUGGCUCAGAAGCUGCUGGAGCUCUGGAGGCAGAAGCUCUGUGGGACGGAGAGGAGCCUCCUCAUGAAGUACUCCCGAGGAGAGGCAUUACCAGACCCCACGGACCCUUUUCCAGACAUCAUCCUUAGCCCAGCGUUAGGUGAAGAGACCGGCCCCCUGUUAGCUGUCAGCAGCCCGGGCAAGCUCAGCCUGCACCGGGCCGACAAGGCUACAUUAUACGAGAACAUUGUGAAAGCAAUACACAAGAAAGGACUGAGCGGCAGACCCCCCACAUCUUGA